GUUGGCAUUGGUUUUUUUUUCAGAUUCGUCAAGAAUAUGUUUAACCGAAGAAUGUGUAAAGACAGCCGCCUCGCUGCUCUCGGCCAUGGACCAGACGGCGAACCCCUGCACAGACUUCUUUCAGUUCGCGUGCGGGAUGUGGAACAAGAAACACGUGAUCCCCGAGGACCGCGCCUCCAUCAACACCUUCGAAGUGAUGGCCGACCAACUCCAAAAUAUCUUGAGAGGGCUGCUCGAGGAGGACGUAUCGCCGAACGAGGGAUCAGCCACGGCGAAGGCUAAGAUCUUCUACGCCGCCUGCAUGAAUACAAGUCAGAUUGAGGAGAUAGGCGACGCACCCCUGGAGAAGGUGCUGGCCUCGCUCGGGGGCUGGCCGGUCACCUCCCUCAACUGGACGGCUCCUGGCUUCUCGGUGGAGACCCUGAUCGGCCGCCUUCGGGGCGAGCUCAACCAGGGCAUCCUGAUCGACCAGUGGGUGGGACCAGAUGACAAGAACUCCUCCGUCAACGUCAUACAGCUAGACCAGAUGGUCCUCGGGCUUCCCAGUCGCGACUACUUCCUCAGGGCCAACUCUUCUCGUCGUGCCCUCGACGCCUACCUCAAAUUCAUGACGGACGUGGCGGAACUGCUGGGUGCUACACGAGAAGCGGCGAACACAGAGCUCAAGGAAGUGCUAGCGCUGGAGACUCGUCUAGCCAAUGCAACAAUGCCGGAAGCUGACCGUCAUGACACGGGGAGCAACUACAUAAAACUCACCCUGGCGCAGCUGCAGCAGCAGGUGCCGGAGUUCAACUGGACGGACUACCUCUCCGCUUUCCUGAAGGAGAAACUCACGCCUCAGGAGCCAAUCGUAGUAUAUUCCAUGCCUUACCUGAAGCAGCUGGCCAAGAUCAUGGUCACUACGGAGAAGAGAAUACUGUGGAACUACGUGAUGUGGAGGCUGGUGCUGGAGAUGACGCCCCACCUGAGCAGAGCCUAUCAGGCCAGCAGGCACGAGUUCCGCAAAGUCCUCCUGGGAAUACAGUCGGACAGGAACCGCUGGAACCUGUGCAUCGACUGGACUAACAAGAGGCUGGGCAUGGCCGUGGGGGCGCUCUUCAUCAAGGAGAACUUUAACCCCGAGAGUAAGAUGAUCCACACACUGCGGUCGGCGUUCUCGGACCUCCUGGAGGAGAACGACUGGAUGGACGACGAGACCCGUGCCGUGGCCAGGGAGAAGGCCAACGCUAUGAACGAGAAGAUCGGAUACCCCGAGAUGCUCACCAAACCCGACGAGCUGGCCAAGGAGUACGCCAAUCUGACUAUCGUGAAAAACCAGCACCUUCAGAACGUCUUCAGCUGGCUCAAGUUCGACGCAGACAAGAACCUGGGUCGCCUUCGGGAGGACGUCAACAAGGCCAAGUGGUCCACCGCACCAGCUGUCCUCAAUGCGUUCUACAACCCCAACUUCAAUGAUAUUGUGUUCCCGGCGGGGAUCCUGCAGCCGCUCUUCUACUCGCAGCACCUUCCGAAGUCCCUCAACUACGGCGGGAUCGGCGUCGUGAUCGGACACGAGAUGACGCACGGUUUCGACGACAAGGGGCGCCAGUUCGACAAGGACGGGAACCUGAAGCAGUGGUGGAACAACAGGACCAUCCAGGCCUUCCGGAGUCGCGCCCAAUGCAUCAUCGACCAGUACAGUGGCUACAAGGUUGACCAGGUUAACCAGUUCAUCAACGGCAGGAUGACCCAGGGCGAAAAUGCUGACAACGGGGGCAUCAAACAAGCAUACAGGGCUUAUCGUCAGUGGGUCGAGAGGAACGGAGAGGAGAAACUGCUCCCCGGCAUCAAACUCAACCAUGACCAGCUGUUCUUCCUGAACUACGCCAGAAUCUGGUGUGGAACAAUGCGCCCUGAGGACGCCCUCUCCAAGAUCCGGUCCUCAGUGCAUUCCCUUGGACCUAUCCGCGUCCUCGGGCCGCUCUCCAACUCGGAGGACUUCGCGAGGGCCUACCACUGCCCAGUCGGGAGCAGGAUGAACCCGAAGAAGAAGUGCUCCGUGUGGUGAAGGCGCCCGUGGGGAGGACACUGCCACGCGAGUUCCGUUUUCUUUAAUGCACACACCAAAAUGGCGUACUCUUUUUCGACUCCGCGGAAAGAGCAACGUUGGGGCGGGGGCGGCCUGAGGACGAGGCUGCCUCCGGAAGGGCGUGAGGGAAGAGGAGCUUGGGAGGUGGGCGAGGCUGGAUGGCGAAUAAUUUCUUUGGCUCCACGAGGCUUGGGGAGGUAGACAGGCAGUGGUCAUUUGUUUUGCAGCUCCAACAACGGCGAACAAAGGAAUGGAUGUAAACGAAGUUACGAUGGGCGGCAACU